AGCGCGACACGCGAUAUGCGACACGUGACUCGUGAUACCCAAUAGGCGUACACUUUUUUCGAAAUUACUGGAAGCUCAUUGAAUAUCGCGCGUCGCGUCGCGUAUCACGCCGGUGUGCGACAGUCAUUUAUAGCGUUACUAGUUGGUCUUAUAAUAUCUUAAAAAAGGACACAAUUAGUGUAUAUGAGGUAUUUCAUUUCUGUCAUGUAAUAUACUGCAACAUAGUUACAUAACCUCCAAAUUGAACAAGAUACCAAACAUUUAUAUAUUUUAACUUUCGCGAAUCAAUGGAUCACAAUAUGCCAAAAAAACGGUCAUUAAAACGAAGUGGGUACCGAAAAGCAACUGAAAAAGCAAAUUUAUUUAUUGCUAUAAGUAAUUAUUAUACAGAAUCUUCUGUUGUCACUAAUUCAAUUCCUGAAGCAAAUGAAUCAGUGUUAAAUUCUGUAAUAUCAACUUCUAGUAAUUGUAAUGAUACAUAUAAUGUACAGUAUAAUUCAUCUAUUAGUGAAAAUGAGUUUUCAGAUAUAUCUGACACUGAAAUAAUUAAUGAAGCAGUUUCUGAUCAUUCUGUUUCAAGUAACUAGUCUAUAAAUUCUGAAACAAAUGUUGUACAUGAAAAUAGCAAUAUAAAUAACAAAAUAUAUGUACUUCUGAGUUGCAGCAUAACAUUUCUGUAAGAUUAAGAACAUGGGCCAUAAAACACAACAUUGCACAUUUAGCUAUGAACGACUUAUUAAUAAUUUUAAGUCAAGACUAUCCCGAGCUUUCUUUGGAUGCUAGGACCUUAUUGAAAACUCCAAGAAAUAUUGAUGUAAAAAUUGUAGAGCCUGGCAUAUAUUAUCAUUUUGGAUUGCUGCAGUGCAUCGAAAAUCUAUUAUCCAAAACAGAUCAUUAUGUAAAUCCGAAUUGCCUUCAGAUUUUAAUUAAUAUUGAUGGUUUACCAAUUGCAAAGAGCACUAAUAGUCAGCUGUAUCCUAUAUUAUGCUGAUUAUUUCCCACUAAUGUUGAACUUGUUGGGAUUUAUCAUGGAAUUGAAAAACCAAAGGAUGCAAAUAAAUUUUUAACAGAUUUAGUAGAUGACAUCAAUAAUUUAAUAUCUAAUGGUCAUUCCGGAUAUUCUUCAUGUACAAAAUGCUAUGAACGAGGAACACAUAUUAAUGAUCAUAUCUGUUUUCUUAAUGUUGAAAACUUGACUUUGCGUUGUGACAAUGAUUUUAGAUCUAAGCGCCAAAAAGAUCAUCAUUCAGGUACUACAAUAUUAGAAUCCAUUUCAAAUAUUGACAUGAUACGUGACUUUCCAUUAGAUUAUAUGCAUCUAAUUUGUUUGGGAGUUACUAAAAAAUUACUUAUGUUUUGGGUUCAUGGAAAACCAUUAACAAAAUUAUCAUAUACUGCAAUAUCUAAUAUUUCUAAAUCAUUACUUCAGCUAAAAUGCAAUAUACCGUCAGAAUUCAAUCGUAAACCUCGUGAUCUGAAUGAAGUCAAACGAUGGAAGGCAACAGAACUUCGACAGUUCCUUUUAUAUACAGGUCCUGUAGUUUUGAAAUCUACUCUAAGUUAUGAUAGAUAUAUUAAUUUUUUACCUCUACAUAUAGCCACGUCCAUUUUAUGCAAUCCAAAUUAUAAAAAACACAUAGAUUAUGCAAGAUCUCUGAUGCAAUAUUUUGUGAAGACGUUUAUAAUUUUAUAUGGUAAGGAUCAAGUCUCUCAUAACGUGCAUAACCUGUUGCACAUUUGUGACGAUGUUGCAAGAAUUGGAACAUUAGAUCAAUUUAGUGCAUUUUUAUUUGAAAAUUAUUUACAAUCAAUAAAGAAAUUACUAAGGAAACCGGAGAAAUCAUUACAACAAAUAGUUCGCCAUAAAUAUGAAAUAGAUAACAGCAUUCCGUUUAAUAAACACAAAUCACAUAAUGUACCAACCUUAAAGAAACAACAUAACGUAGGAUCAAUAAUCAAUAACAUAUCCUUCGUUGCACAAUAUAAGGAAAUUCUUUUAAACGGGUUUGUAUUAAAAGUAACUGAACCGGAUAAUUGCUGUUACACUGUUAAUCAUAAAAUAAUUAAUGUGAAAAGUAUAAUAUCAACAACUGAUGGCAUAUUAUUAAUUGCUCAGGAAUUUUUAGAGCUUGAAGAUUUUUAUACAAAACCCUGUAAAUCGUCAUCUAUAGGAAUUUAUGCCGCGAAGAAUUUAAGGCCACUUACAUCAUGGCAACUCCAUCAAAUAUGUUAUAAAUGUGUAAAAUUGCAAUUCAGAAAUAUAUAUGUCAUAUUUCCGUUACUACAUUUAUAAUUAGAGGAGCAAUAAUGCUGUUAUUGUUGUAUAUAAUAUUAUAUAAAUUAACAAUAAUGUUUCAAUGAUCCUUAGUAAGCAUUUUAAAAUAGAAUAGAACAAUUUGCUUUUCAGUUGUUUCUUUUAUUGACUUUUUCCUUAGAAUGUUAAUGUAUUGUUUAUUGGUUUUGUAAUAUUUGUAUAUUGGAUGUGUCUUAACAUGUGUAACAUAAACUACAUGUCAAAUUUUCAGUUGCAUUACAUAUAAAUAUUCAUGCAU